AUGGUCUACUACUUCACAUCCAACGUGGUCUCCCCCUCUGCCUUUAUCUAUGUCGGCAAGGACAAAUUCGAGAAUGAGGAUCUCAUUCAAUUUGGUUUGGACAACGACUUCCACGUCGAUAACUUGUCAAGUGCACACGUCUACGUACGCCUUCGCGAGGGCGAAACGUGGGACAACAUCGCUGAGCCGCUUCUAGAGGACUGUGCCCAGCUCACAAAAGCGAACUCUAUUGAAGGCAACAAGAAGGACAACAUUACUAUUAUCUACACUCCCUGGUCAAAUCUUAAGAAGGACGGAUCGAUGGCUGCCGGCCAGGUCACAUUCCACAAUCACAAGCUGGUCCGCAAGGUCUACGUGAAACAGCGUGAGAACGUUAUCGUCAACCGGCUUAACAAGACCCGGGUUGAGAAGUUUCCGGAUCUUCGAGCCGAGAAGGAGGAGGAUACGAAGAAGAAGCAGCGUAGUGACCGCAAAACACGAGAGGAAGUACGCGCGAAGGAGAAGCAGAAACAGCGAGAGCAUGAGCAGCUGAAGUGGCAGAAGGAUCAUGCGUACGACGAUAUGUUCAGCGAGGAGAACAUGGAGGCUAGCAACAACCAGGAUCGCGACCCUGAUUUCCUUGACGACUUCAUGUGA